GACAAGUUAUUUCACAGUUGUAGCCAAAUGCCAGGUGUUUCGAGUUUUUAUUCAGCCAGCAUCAUGAAACAGCCGCAGAUAUAAAUCAAAAUGCGACUAUUUGAGUCGAGUCACUUCAAAACAGUGAAGUCGACCAAUUAUAUCGUUAAUUCAGAACAAUGGACGGGGAUACUUUUCCUAGACAGGCCAAUGGCUUUAAAGAAACUGCUUUCUAUAGAACAACAAGUCAUGUCAGUGUUAUAAUUGUUUGUUCACCUUAUGGAAAACAAAUAUUUCUAUCUUACAUUUAAAUCUAUCUGUAGGAGUGGCGUUCGUACCAUUGACAAACUUCAACCACUUCUGGCUUUUCUUUGUCGCGGACUAACUCAACAUGAACAUCAGCUGUCUUAACGAGCGACUGAGCAUUGCGGCAUCCAGCAUUCUCUCGCUAUGGCUCUUCUUGUCUGGUUUAGCAGCUGCCAUUGGAAAUGCAGUGGUGCUGUGGUUAUUUUACAAAAACAAGUCUUUACGAACAAUCUCAAACCGAUUUUUAGCCUCGUUGUGUGUAGCAGACUUUCUAGUGGGGCUUGUUAUAGACCCUGUCUGGAUAACCAUACGAUUUGCCACUCAGCCUCAAAGAGCUCACAUUUUAAAGCAAGUUAUAAACUUGCUGUGGAUUCACUCAACUGCCGCCACAGUAUUUAACUUAUGUUGUGUUUCGGUUGACCGAUUUAUUGCCAUUCGCUUUCCUUUUCGUUAUCAGAACAUCAUAACCAAGCAAAGAUGUUACGCAGUGAUUAUAAUGGUGUGGUUGAUCUCACUGUUUCUUCCUUUCUCCAGGACUUUGGUAGGUAAUCGGACCAAUGUUGAAAGCCUGUGGUUUUCUUUAACACUUAUUACUCUCGUACUUCCAAUAACUGUUGUCACUUUGUGCUAUUUUUCCAUUUUUAAAGCCGCCAGAAGACAAGCUAGCACAAUAAAAAGCGGGGGAAAUCAUCAAAACUCCAACGAAAAGAACGCUCCUGCUUGUGCUAUGCAAAAUUACAAAGCUAUUAAAACCAUUGGUAUAGUGUUGGGUGUUUUUAUUGUUUCAUGGAUGCCUUCUAUAGUGGUUUCAGUUGUGGAUUAUGUUACAGCAAGUGACAAGUGCGUUGAUCAUAAACUGGCGUAUGUUGUGUGGCCCUGGAUUGAGGCAAUCGCGUUUACAUCAUCGACGAUCAACCCGUGGAUUUACUGUUUCCGAAAUGGAGAGUUUCGAAAUUCUUUACGCCUCAAUUGUCAUCGCUGUUCAUGUCUUUAUUCAAGAGAUCCAGUAGAUCUCAGUCUAAAAUCAGAUACGAGUAAAAUUUCUUGCGCUAGGGUCCAUGCUAGCCAGGAAUUAUAUGCGAGACAAAGUUCUGAUACUUUAAUGUAUUUGGUGUCUAUAGGUUAAAUGGGAAGAUUCGUCUUAGUUAGAAAAAAAAAUUCCUAUCUCUUAAUUUCCGGCACAGGAUUCAAACGAUUUUGUACGUCUUGUAUGUAAAUUAAAUAAAUGAUUCAUUUCAAUUCUCUUCCUCUAAAACUAGCAUGUUUUAAUGACAUAUGUUGUACGUUG